UUCGGGCCUCCUGAUAAAGUCCAGGGCGAUGGUUGGACCAAACCUUCUACGUUCUUCUUCUGCUCGGAAGACUCGUCCAUGGCGGCAAAUCUGCUUCGAAUCGCAACCCACGAAGCAGAGAACCAACUGGCGCUCUCUCUCCGACAAGCCUUCCUCCUUCUAGAGAGCAACCUCCGACCCCCCUUCCCCCUCACGAUCCCUACUUCAGAAGAAUACCAGGUCCUCAAUUGCGCAAUCCUCUACGGGAUUUUAACGCAACCCCAUCACGCCAAAACUCACAUUAAGCACUUACACGCCGUCGUCUCCGACGGGUACGCCUUCUUUGUGAAUCUUCUCGUUCAGGUAACCAAUGAAUUGCUCGAGAAGCUCGUCGAUUCGGCGAGGAAUCAACUCCUGUGGGUCACCGGGGAGAUGGUCGAUGUUUCGGCCGUCGGGUUUGACGCGCUUCUGGUGUCGUUGUUGAGACAAGUCGUCGGGGGAGACUUUACUGAUGGUAAUUUGUGGCUCUGUUUCGAGGUGGCGACUCUGUUUCUGAGCAAAUGGGACAGUUUGCUGGAGGAAGAGCCCAUGGUUUUGACCAGUGGGUUGUAUGCGUUCUUGCGGUUGUUAGCCGAUCACUGUCGGGUGUCGAGUCGGAACUCCAAGUUAGAAGCUUUAGUGAGGUUAGAGAUCGAGUUUUGCUUAAAGAUGUUGAGGGAGCAGUUCCAUUUGUGCUUGAAGGUUGGGAGGGAUGUUAUUAGAUUGCUGCAGGAUUUGCAUCAUAUGCCUGAGUUCCAAGCCGUGUGGAGAGAUUUGGUCUUGAAUCCCACUGUGUUUGGAACCUCAGGAUUCUUGGGCAUUGCACAGUUUUAUUCCACUCGUACUUCAAGUCGAUACUUUCUGCUUCGGAUUCCUCCCAUGAUGGAGACUCACCUGCGGUUCUUGCUCACCCAGGUGAAGCUCGGGGGUCAGAAGAGGCACCAGGCAUGGUUUGCUAGCAAGUACUUGUUUAGCCCUGACAGAGAGACUCUUAUAUGCGACAUUGUCCGCUUCAUAUGUUGCACGCACCACCCAACUAAGGAAAUCAUUCAGUCAGACAUCAUCCCUAGGUGGGCUGUUAUAGGCUGGCUCCUUAAAUUUUGCAGGAAGAAUUAUGUUGAAGCCAAUGCGAAGCUGGCAUUGUUCUACAAUUGGCUCUUCUUCGAUGAAAGAGCUGAUAAACUCAUGGAUAUCGAGCCUGCCGUGCUAUUGAUGGUGUGUUCCGUGCCUAAGUAUGUUGAAAUCACGAAUUCCCUCCUCGAGUUUCUGUUUCUUCUCGUGGACAACUACGAUAUGGAACAUAAAGAAAUGAUCACGAGGGGAGUUUUAUCAUCUUUCAACUGCCUUAUCAGUAAAGGGGUAAUUCACACUUUUGAUGUUUUGACAUCUUCUGGAGUAAUAUUUCCUCUCCUGAGAGAGAGGCUUGCAACGUUCUUAUUAGGUAUGAAAGCUGGGAUUGCUAAAGAGUUACGGCCAAUUGGCGUUUCAAAUCAAUGUUUGCCAGCUCUGAAGUUUCCCAAUUCAUCCUGCAUUGGAACCCCCACUCCAUCACCUAAAAAGCAGCAAAUGGGCGUCCAAGAAUCUCAAAUCGGAAGCAAUUCUAUUGAUUCUGUUGCACAUCCUAGAACUCUUAUUGAAGAUUUAGGGAGUCUUGUUCAGAAUCUCGUCGAGGCAAUCAAGAAGUCGGAUGAAGCUGGUCUGUCCAUUUUGCAGAAAAUUCUUGACUUAUAUGUUAGCAUUGAGAACUUGCCUGCAAGUGGUCCAAACUCUGUGAGAAGUUUAUCUGCAAAAAUCUCCAAGGACUUGGAACACAAGCUGUUCACGCCUGUUCAGUGUUUUCUUGAUGAAAGAUAUUCUGGGACCGAAGUUGAGUCUGUUACAUCCAUAAUCAUUCGUAAGUUUGUCUUUUCCCAAAAGGAAAGAACGCAAGAAAUGCUUUCCUGCUGGUCUAUGGAUGGGUUUCCUGUGGGACCGUGCUUGUUAUCGUAUGCUUCAAGACUUGCCUACGAGGCAAAUAAGUUGGAUAAUCUGGGUAAAUCAAUUGUUAGUGAUAGCCUUCCUAAGUUGAAAGAUUCUCAGGUCCCGCUCUUGAAGUUUCAUGUCAAAGAUUGUCAUAAUCCUUUGAAUAGCAAUCAGAAAUGUUUUGAAACAUUUGAUUCUUUGUCUGAGCUUGACAGAGAAUUAGUUGCUAAGCUCAUAGAUGACGUGUUUAUUGCUUACAAAUGCUUUCUUUCGCAUCUAAAAACCACCUUCCAUAAUCGCGAGGGUGAAACGACUCUCUCGAAGCUCCUUUUAUCUGACCUAAUCUCUUGCUCAAAGUGGAAGGGCAUGAGAUUAAAAUACCUGUGUCAGAGCCUUUUUUCUCAUCUUCCUGAUUUAAGUGUCGGCGAGGAAGGCAUCAUUAGGCUGCUCAUGAGUUGCUUGGAUGAUGGAGAUAUCCUUGAUGUAAAGUUCGAUAUUGGACUGAGAAGGUACUCUCUAUUCGGGGAGAACACUGAAGCCAUUCUAAGUUUAAUCAAGACCUCUCUGAAAUGGGAGUCUUUAGAGCAGCAUAAGUUCUGGGGUUUGCUUGGGGUAGAGCUAGCAGUUUCUGGGGUCCGUCUCGAGAAGCUGAUCUUAAAUUUCUUCUGCUCAGCCGAAAUCAAUGAUCCCAGUUUGUGUUCAACUGCAGUAGGAGGCCUUCUGUCAAUCUGUAAUUCUCGGGCUCCAACUCCUGAGCUUGUUGGGGCAGUUAUACUGUUGCCGAAUCACGUGUUUCAGGCCUUUGCUGCAGCUGUCCUCUCAACAUGGGCUCACUUGAAUGCUUCAUUGCUGUUUGAUAGUUUAGCAGAGUUCUCAGAGAAACAUGGGUCCCAGAACGGGGAAUCAAUCUUUUCUAACCCUACCGGUGUCAUGGUUAACCACUCUGCAAUCUUAUGGUUGUUGAAUUAUUUCGACGCCCGGGGAGUAAACCUCUCAUAUGUCCUGGGCGGUAGCUGAUGAUAAAGGAAGAAAGGUCAGCUACAUCAGUCAGAAGGUAAGCUGCUGCGGCUUCUCAGAUACAUCAGCAGCUCUGAAUUUUGGGAGUUGCAUAGCUCUCAAUGCAAUUCGGUGACUCGAGUUUUUUUGGGUUGCAAUAAUCAGGGAAAGAAAUGAGGAGGAGGGAGCUACAACAUAUUGAUCCCUUAUAAAUUAAGACGUCACAAGCAAACUAGCACAGAAGGCGUCUCAAUUGAGUCACUUGCAUCUCGUGAAAUUUGCCCGUCCAGCAUGUAGAAUCAGUGUGGAUGCGUCCCAGAAAUCCACUGAGAGGAGUUUUACUGUCAGUGGGAGUUCUUCCUCUUAGGGGACUCUGUCGUGAGGAUGCAACGGAGUCGAACCUGAUCUCGCCAAGUAGAAUCAAUCUUAUGAUUUGAUUUCAACCCAAAGUUUUAUCCACUUCUCGCCCUGUUGUGUUGGCCAAUUGCAUAUCCUCGGGACAGAAGUGUACAGGUUUUUUAUUCAAUAUCGUUAAUAUUAAGUUGUCAUUGCCUGUA